GAAGCGUACUAAGUCCCUCUGUACCACACUAGUUCUUGCAAACCCGCACUCACAGAAAAUUAAUUCCUAGCAGCUGCUCCCACUACCAUUCCUAACUAGCCGUUUAUUCGCUGAGCCGAACGAUCUCUUCCAAACAAAUGGAUACACAAGCUCCGACUGCCAGGCGCGAUGUGAGCAAGGACCGCUUCAAGCUGGCCCACUUCUCUAGGAUUCGACCCGUUGCACCGACUCUCCUCUCCACGUCGCUCGACGGCGCUGCUGCCGCGCUUCACGCCAAUGUCCAUGGCGUCCUUCCGUCCCGCCUCCAUGCACCCGCGUCAUCCCUCUCCCUUCCCCGUCCCCCCAUCGACCGCUCACUGGAAUCGUUCUCAUCCGCGCAUGCUCCUGACGGUUCCUCCGCUGCGCCACUCCCCUCUUCCCAGGGGGAUUUUCCCCCAAACCCCGCUGGCGCGCUCCGCUCCGACCACGCCACGCGCGCGGCAGCGGACGGCGAGCCACGUCUCGCCAAGUUCUUGCCACCUCCUCCACCCGCGUCGUCCGCGGUCGCCAGCCGACGUGCAGCGGGCGCCACGGCAUCGCCGCUGCGUCGCGCCAUCGCGGGGCGCAGCGCGUCGCUUCCAGAAUCCGCGUCGCCUGAAGGGAUCGGGCGAGCGGCGCCGCUGAAGCGGUGGCUGUCGAGCCCCAGCCUCCCGCUUGUACGAGACGCCGCCGAUUCAGCCGUGAAUUCCCAGUCGGACGGGCGUCAGCAGAGCGCGGCGCAGGCGGAGCGGGACUGUUCCCCGCAUUCACGCGCAGCUGCUGUCGCGAGCGUUAGGACUGCGGAUCCGCUCUGCCACUCCCUGCCGCCCGCAGCGACGCAACAGGCGCCGCGGGCGCGGGCGGCGGAAGGGGUGUUGAGGCGGCAGCGGUCGCUCCCACAGAGCAUCACUUGCCGCUGAGGGCGGACAUCAUUCCAGGCCCACGCGGUGAUUGCUCCCCUUGUGCAGCCGCGACACACCAAACGUCUUCAGCGUUUUUUUCCCCAGGCUUGGCUUCUGGUUGUAGGAAACAUGCGGGCAGGCGGCUUAUGCUUGUCAUCUUUGUGCCGCGGAGGCGCCACAAGGCGCGCACAAGAGGUUGCACGGCGCAUGUGAAUGACCAACGUUGGCUGGGGCCCUAGCAGACUGACACUGUGGCAGUAUGCCCUGCUCUCAUCACAGGACACUCACCAUCACUCCCUGAUUGGAUUAUAUCUGUAAAUGCUCUAUGUAGCCAAAUGGAGAUGUAAGGCGUUUGUUAGUGUUGGGCUGAGAAAAGCCCUUAGGAUCUUUUCAGAGACCAAGCCCCAGUUGUACAAGAUACUGGAGUAGUGCGGAAGUUUGAGUGGUUG